CGACGCGAAAACGUUUUUUCAUAAUUAUUUGUGAAAACUUCUGAAAAAAUUAUCGAAAUGGUGCUACAGUGCUGCGUAAAAGGUUGCGAAACUGUUGGAAACAAUAAUUUUCAUAGUUUUCCAACAAAUAAGUUGAGGGCCGAAAAAUGGAUUGCUGCAACGAAAGCUUUCCAUUUGGUUGAACGGUUGAAUGCCAACAAAUUGGCGAAUUCGUAUUACAAAGUUUGCAGAAAGCAUUUCGACGGGUCAGACUUGACCAAGAACGGAAAAGGACAGAUUGUGGUGAAACCAGAUUGCUUGCCGAGUCUGUUCCUGCCCAAUGAAACUGUCGUUCCACCAGCUUCAGCGAUAGCAUAUGGUUCACAACAUCAGCGUUCACUGGCAACGAACAAAUUGACGAAACCGGACGAACAGGUUGAUGAUACCGACAAAGCCGUAAAUGUGGUCAAAUUGAUAUCCGAGGAGGAGCUAAGAAAUCAUCAGAAGACUGCUCGUCAGACCGCCAACUGCUCCAAAGUUACAGAAGUCACGGUUUGUGUGUACGUUUGGUGUCGGUGCGGUCUUACUAUGUUUCGUUUCGUUUCCAACGAUCAACAGGUGAAUGAGAUCGACAGCGACGUACAUGUGGUUGAUGGGAUAUCCGGAAAUCACCCCGUAAAUCAAGAGAACAGUGCUCGACAGACCGACAACUGCUCCAAAGUUACAGAAGUCACGGUGAAUGAGAUUGAGGUGAUAUCCGUAAAGCACCCAGUAAAUCAACAGAAAAGUGCUCGUCAAACUGCCAAUCGCUCCAAAUCAAGCCCUAAAGCCUCGAUAACAAUGGUUUGUGUAUAUGUUUGGUGUCAUGUGCAGUCUUGUUAUGUGUCGUCUUGUAUUUUAUUCAAUAAAUGUGAUCGUCUUGUGUGUCUACGAUUUUUUUUUUAA